CGACAAUGCGGCUACUCCUACACUUUUUGGUUCUAGUACUUGUAUCGUCAUCCUCAACACCGAGAAGAGGUCAAGUUCCUACUCUUCCUGCAGGUAUUACUAGUAUCUACAUUUAGUUUAUAAAUUCUGACUCGCGCGGCUAGUAUUCACAUUUUUUAGUUUAUUGUUAUUCUAAAAAUAGUUUUUUUAUUCCAUUUAGUAGUUUAUAGGCGUUGGCCUGUUCACUUAUCAGAAUCAAUGAAUUAGUACACUAGGAUCAGUAUUUCACAAUGACAAACUUCACAGGGACAAAUUUUCAGGUUCCUCUGGAUCGUCUGCGAUUUCCUCUCUACGGUCGACGCCGCUUUCCCUCACGCCUGUCGGAAAUGGGACGUCUCUACGCAAUACGACACCUUUGGACUUAUGACACCUUUGGACUUGAACUUACUUGCCUAGAAUAAUUCUUGGUACAGCGAGUGUUGGAGUGUUGGAGCGCAGAACGAGUGCGGCGAUUAUAGGGUCGCGCCCAAACAUUUAAUGAUAAUAAUAAUACGAAUAAGACUAUCAUCAACCUUCGGGAUUGUGUUUGUCGUUGACGUUGUCCUAACAGUAUGCACCUCUAAUACACAUUCGAAUGCAGCAGCUCGUUCGUCUCCAGGGUGGUCUCCAAGCUCCUCAUGGCGGAAACCCGGUGCAAGCAUGCGGCCCAAUACCUGUUUUUCCCCCUGCUGCGGAGAAUACGUUCAAGAAUGUCACAGUCGCGAAGGAGGAGCCAGUGCAAGCAUGCGGGCCAAUUCCGAUGGUCUUCUUCCUGAACAAGCUAGACGCGGGCUCAGAAGCCACUGGAGAAGCAGCGUCUACAGGUCGUGGGGCCAGUAGCAGCAGUUGUAGUGGUGCUGCACCACAAUUACAGCCACGAGGAGGUGCAGUAACUUCAUCCACUGAAGAGCAGGAACAGCAACAACAGCGCGACAUGCUGGUCGAACGUGAGCCAGCACGUGAAGCGCUAGAUGUUGGAAGCGGGGGCAUGCUUGUAUACGAAGAAGGAGAUAUAAUGAAUGCGAUGAAUACCACAUCAGCUGGUCAAGUUGCAUUCCCUGGUCCUCGGCAGAGUAGUUCCGAUAUUGAGAAAGAGGAGCGCAAAUUUGGGACGAUGACAUCACGCGGCGAAGGAGGCCUCCGUAAAAGUGGCGGUGCUGGUGGUAGUGCACAUGUUGCACAGCAAUUUUUACAUCAAACAAAACGAACAGCAACUGCAGGCACAGCACAAGCAGGUACGCGAUUGACGACUACAACAGGUUCGGCGAAUCUGUCAGGACUUGGCGCAGGUUUUAAAGGAGGUAAACACUCUCAUUCUGGUACUCGCAGUGCCACUGGUACUCCACGAGGUGUCACGGCUGCUGGUCAGCUAGGACGAAGUCAGCAGACCCGAGCUCCUUCGCAACAACAGGGUAAGCAGCAGCCUUCGGGCCUUGCAAAGGGUGGACCUCCACGAGGAAACAAGGGCUUUGCUUCACAUGUCGCCGAGGGUGGGACUAUAGUCGCGGGCAAUUAUCCGCUUCAGUCAGAAGGCCCUCUCCUGCAGGGAACACAAAGUCUAGGUCCUCGUGGAACAACGCGUCAAGAUGGAUCUACAGCUGGAUGUGGCGAGAUGAACAAGGCAAAACAAAUUGGUCAAGUACUGGAGAGAAGACACCUAGAUGAACAUGUUGAUGAGGACGGGCAAUCUCAAUCCGAACAAGGAAGUCCCAAGAAAAAAGCGAUGCAAUCACAUGCGCUAGGUCUUGUCAGGAGAACACGGGCAAAACCCGAAGCAGCGUCGGCGGGGAAAAAUUAUGUUGAGUCAGUCUCAAGGUCAAGUCAUUUCAAUUUCUUGCAUGCAUGACGAGUAAAUUAUAUCUCAUUCAGUUAUAAUGAGGAACUUGAAUAGACGAGCAGAUGAAGGUACAACGAACUUCAACUUCUAGUCUAGAUCGACCUGUCUUCUGCUAACUCAAGAAGAAGACCCAAACGCAAGGGGGACCGCGCGGUGGCCCGUUAGCAGGUGUCGUUCUCGGCGCCAGCCUUUCCUCGAGAAGAUCUUGCUCGACGACAGUGCCAGAUUAUAUCGUGUCCUCGACUACGGGAACCGCUUGCUCAGCUGCCGACUGUCAACAUCUACAAAUUAUAGAUAAAGGAGGACAUCAGAUAGUAGAAGAGGCACUAGAGCCUCCUUUGUCUCCAGC